ACAGAAGUGGUAAAAGAUGCCCAAAGGAAAAGUAAAGGAAGAAGAGAGAAUUGAGAAGAUCAUUCGUGGUCUUCUUAAGCUUCCAGAAAAUAAGAGAUGUAUCAACUGCAACAGUUUGGGGCCUCAAUAUGUAUGCACAACCUUCUUGACAUUCGUUUGCACAAACUGCAGUGGUGUACAUCGAGAAUUCACACAUCGAGUAAAAUCUGUGUCAAUGGCUAAAUUUUCUGUAGAAGAAGUAGAUGCUCUUCAGGCAGGGGGUAAUGAGCGAGCAAGGCAGAUUUAUCUUAAAGAAUGGGAUCCACAUAGAAAUUAUUUUCCUGACGGGAGUAAUCUUCAUAGACUUCGUGAUUUCAUCAAGCAUGUCUACAUAGACAGAAAAUAUGCUGGUGUUAGGAGUAAUGACAAGCUUUCAAUGGUUAAAGCGAGUGCAAAGGAGGACCUCCAAGAGCGGCAUUCUUUUGAAACAUCCCGUCAUGGUGCUAGAGAAGAAUUUUUUCAUACGGAUGAUGCUCGGAGAGAUGAUUUCUUUGAGCGGCACUCAUUUGAACAUUCUUUUCUAAGUAGAAACGAUGGCAGAAAUUUGAAAAAUCACAUUGAUCCAAGAAAUAGCCCUCGAUACAAACAAGAAAUGCUGAAGUCUGGAAGUCAGAAUAGUCGGGCACCUCGAUUUGAAAUAGUUGAUGAUAGGUUCCGGGAAAAUGGAUAUGGAUCUGUAAGGAAAGUUUUGACUCACAGAUACUCAGAUACAGAGUCCAGGGCUAGAAGCAGCUCACCAAUUUCACAAAAGAGCAGAGAUAUUUCCAAAGAGCCCGCAAUACGUCCACUAAAAGACAUUUUAGAUGACAAAAUUCCUCCUCUAAAAGUGGGAGAAUCUCCUAAAGCAAAUGCUGUUGAUGGCUCUGGCCAUGUUCAGACAGCAGGAAGCUACACAAUUCCAGGCUCUGUUGAUAAAAAGGAAGAGGAAAACAAGAAAGUGAAUACUCUUAACAGCUUGAUAGAUUUUGAUGCUAACCUUGAGCCUUCUGCAACAACAGCAGUAGUGCAGACUCAACAAACAGUUCCUGUUGGUGAUGGUAGCAAGAGUGCUGCCAUGUCUUCUGCAAAUGAGAAGGCCUCUAAUGCUCCAAAUGCUAAUUCACUUGAACUGCUAUUGUUUGGACUGGCGGAUCCUGCAGGUAGCAUGCCUGAAAUGUCUCCUGGUGGUGACAAUCCAGCUGCUAUUGUAGGUUCAUCUAAUCCUGAUGUGGGUACAGUUUCGAACAAUGUUGCAAUUACUACUGCUUCACACAUUGAAAAUGCUGCACCAUGCCCUGGUAAUAGCAGUGACUCUAAGGAUAAGCUUGCUGAUGCCCAAACGCUGCCAGCUUUGCAGCAAAGUGAGCCAUUUGGAGCCCCUCCAGUAAAUAGUAACUUUACUGCUCAGAAGGCUACUGCUUCUCAUGAAGCUGCAAACAAUGAGUCCUUGACUUCAGAACCUGAGCAUGCUAAAGUGCCACCAACCAAUACAUCAUUUGGACAAGCAACACAAGUUGUCCCACAGGCAGCUAAUGAUACUAGUUUGGGAAAUGAAUUACUCAGUGGAAGAAAAGAACUUCCAGCGGACCUUUUUACAUCAAGCUAUUCAUCAUUUGCUGCUGCUGUUCCAGGCUGGCAAUCCACUUCCCCUUAUGGAAUGGGAUAUGGCACUCAGUACCAUGUUACUGCAAUGUCCAUGGGAGCUCACCAAGAUUCGGUUAAAUCAAGGAACCCAUUUGAUAUUGGUGAUGAUGGUCCCUUACCUCAAGGCACCAUGCUUCCUUCCAUGUCACCUUUGCAAGGACCGAUGCCAAAUAUGUCAACUUCGCAAGGGUUACAGCCUCAAGUAGUGCCAUAUUCAUCGGCAACGCAACCACAGAGACCUCCUUAUGGAAUUAUGAGGCCUCCAGGAGUAUACAUGGGGCAACAGAUAGCAAAUAAUAUACUUCCUUCCAGACCGCAAGGAGCUAAUACCUUUGGUGGCAAUGAUGCUGCCUUUGCCUCUCUUAACCCUAUUAAACAGUCUAGUGGGAUGAACGAUGAUACUGCCUUUUCUUCUCUUAACCCCAUUCAACAAUCAAAUGGCGUAAAUCCCUCAUCAGCUGCACCACAAUCCUACUCGUUGACAGGAGGAAAUCCAUUUGGAUAGCUGCAGCCAAGUACGCAUAGUUGAAUAUAGCACAAUAUGGUUCUUCUUUUCUGAUUUCUGACCCCAUCACAUCUGAAGAAUUUUGGUUGCUCGCUGCUGGAAUGAGCUAGAUUUAAGUGAGCCUUCUUUGCGUUGUGAAUGUCCUUAUACCUUUAUGGGGAUGCAUAUACAAAGGAAUACUCUCAAAGUGUUACUAGAAAUCUGUGUAGUACAUGCUCUCAUGUGCUGUGUAUACAAUUUAGAAGUCAGAAACUUGAAGUAGUGACAUCUGUAGCUGGGAAUUUUUUUUUUGAAACUUGAAACUUGAAGUAGACCACCAUACUUGCAAAAUUCAAAGAAAAUUUUUUUUUUUUUUUGAGAUUAUAGAAAAAGAAAAGAAAGGUAGAGGGUAAUGUCUAUUUUAUGUGAAUUCUCAGUUAAAUUGUAUUUAUUCACUUGUUCAGUUUAUUGUCUACAAAGAAAUUCUUUUAAUACACUGAUUUUUGUAAUCUGGCAUAAUGGUACCAUUACCAUCCUUAUCCCAAUGUCUUGAGUUUUCUGGUCGCUUGAGCUGCUGCCUUUAGUUGUCUCAGUAUGCCUUUGCGUACAUAUUUUUUCACCUUCUCUGCAGAUAUAGAUGUCAGGAAAAGAGUCCCAAUGAAACAUUGGUCUAACCAAUUCAUUCUUUCACCAAAACAAUCAAGUUAUGUACACUUCACAAAUUGACACUUUUAGCAAAAACUGGAAGCAAAAAAUAUUUGUUUGGACUAAUGCGCAAUGACACACUUUUAGCGCAUUGGGUCACAUCUGCAGAAGUCUAAACCUGAUCCACCUAAUCUAAGAAACAAGGUGUGAUAACAAAUUAAAUAUCGCUGCUACGUUUGUCCAACCCUCAUUACUGAUGCUGUGCCCACAAAAAUCAGCCAAUGAAGUUGGACUGAUCAGUAGGUUUGAAAGGGGCGUAAUAAGGCAUUUUAGCAUGGUUAGCAAUCAGGAAACUAAGAAAAUUGUUUGUGGUUUAUGCAUCCAUAACCAACCAAAUUUGGGGCAUUUAUAAUGUUAUGACAUAUGAGCUUGAGUGUUGGUACUACAUCAUACUAAACUGUUUUCUUUCCAAGACAAAAAUGUCAAAGUUAAAAUGUGUAAUGUGUUGAAAAUAAAGGGUUGAAUCACGUCCAACUUGUAUCCAAUAAUGUGGACAUUGGCGCAUUGAUAUGACUUUAAAUCCGACAAACUAACUGUAUUCAGCCUCUGAAAAGUCAAACUAAUUUUGGGUAUUGCUUUCCUACUCAUACUCCCUUGAAUGCUUUUGAGCAUAUCAAGUUCUCGACCUUUUCAAUGGAUCCUUUACUUGUUGUUUUCUGUGUUUUCAACCCAGUGAACUGAAGUGUCAAACUGCUUGAUUUUACUUCAUUUGUCUCUUAUGUUGUGUAUAAUUGCCUUAAAUAUUGCAUUUCAUCAGUUACAAAGGGAUAUUGGCAACAUGUUUUCAUCAAAUCAAUUGUUUUUUUUUUAUUGUCUAUUUCUAUACCCUGAAAUUUGCUUUCUUACAAAUUUAAGCACAACCUUAUCAACUCGGAAAUUAAUAAAGAGAGAAGAAAAUGGCAUAGUUGGAAGAUGAUAGGGAGCUAUAGUCAAUAUUCCUUGUGCUAACAAGAAAACGGAAAAAGGAUGAUGACAAAUUUGUUCACUGUCAAUCAAUAGUGACGGUUAAAAAUUCUGACAACUGGAGAGUUUGCUAAAAUCUAACCUCUGAAAACAGGUAUGCAUCUCAUUAGUUACCUUCCUAAGCAAUCAGGGUGACAGGUGACGCCAAUAGACGGUACAUUUUCAUGCAGGCACCAAUGUCGGCAAAAAUUUAAUGCAGGGAUGGCUCAGGAAAAACUAGUACUGCCAUAAAGGACAGUUACUGUUUCACUGAUAUGAACUUUAUUUGGAGUUGAGAAAUUUUGGUGCAAUGAUUGAUGGCUUAAUGGUGGGGAUGCAAUCAUGUUUCCUCACAAUUCUUCUUCUUCUUGUUUUUUUUUUUUGUUUCAAUUUUUUACAGUUCACAUUUAGCAAUGGACGCUACUUUUGGCUUAGAAGCACAGCACAUCUUUGGAACAUCAAUUGAAAAACAACUGAUAUUCUUAGCUCCCUUUAGAUUGGGCUGUUUAUAAAAAAUUUUGCUGUAGAUGCAUGUCUUCUUAGCUCUUAAAUACUACUAUUUCCUACUAGGAAAAAUUGUGAAAGGAAGCAGUGAUUGGUGGACAUAUGUUAUUACUGAUUGCGUAGACAAUUGAACUAUACCUACCUACCUGAUGAAGAAAAGUCUUUGUAACGUACGUCUGAUUGAUACUUAAACAGGAAAUCAUGUUUAGCAUUUAGUAAUUACAACUAACUCUUUUGUUUUUUAUGGAUCAGCAAGUGAUAAAUCCUCUGGUGCUGAUCAGAGGUGGAAAGUACUAGUAAUUCUUAGGAAAGAAAAGUUAUCUGCACGAACCAUACAUUAAAUACAUUGGACUGAAAAGCGCCAAGUUAGUUGGCCAUUUGACCUAUAGAUAGUCCUUUUUCCCCGUAACAUGUCAGAACAUAUCAAGCAAGUUUGCAAGGUGUUUAUUGCACUGUUUCCAAGGAGAGGGAAAAAGGGGUCUGAACUCUGAAAUGGGGAGGAGCAUCAGGGUUUGGGGAUUGAUGAUCACAGUUUAUGUGUCAAUGAUGCUAGCUCAAAAUGCCACAGGACAAAGCACAUAUGCUUGUUGGGGAGGAUGUUACAAUGUGUGCUUUCUGCUUAGUGGCAGCCCAAUAGCAGAGAGGUAUCCGUGUUAUUUGAAUUGCCUGGCCAGCUGCUUUCCUCAGUCUGCUCUGGAAAGCCAGCUUUACUAUUGCCAUGUUGGUUGUUCAGCACAACGUUGCCUCCAAAUAAAAGAUGCUUCUGCAAGGGAGAAAUGCUUUGGUGGCUGUGGAGACGCCUGCAAAACUUAGAACUGUCUUGCAAUUCUGUGGUGCAUCCAACAUAGGGAGUUUGAUCAUACUGCUUUAUGUAAUAAACAAUAAUUUAAUGGUUCUUCUUUAUCUUUUCAUUCACCGAGAAAGGAAUGAACUCCAUCCUUUCAAAUUUGUCCCUCCUUUUGUUCUUCCCCAUUCCCGAUCAAGAAGAAAGUAUAUUUUCCUUUUA